GUCUGGUCAGGCAACACCCAGAACGCUGAGGACCUGCUGGUGACAGGCUGUGGAUCAUCAGCACCGCAACCCGUUGUUGCUCCAUAUAACAUCAUCUCCAGCCGGUUCCAAGCCACUGGCACCCCCGGCACUGGUUUCUCUAUGACCUUCAGCACCCGCUGUGGCGCCCGGUUCAGUGGCUCCCAGGGCCGUGUAGUCUCUCCUAACUUCCCAGCUCACUACCCUGACCACGCUAACUGCAACUACACUGUAGAUGCCGGGGAGCAGACGGUGGUUGUCCUCAGCUUUCAGGUCUUCCAGAUUGAGGCACAUUCCACCUGUAUGUUUGAUGGCCUAAAGAUCUACAGCCCAGCUACCAGCAGCACUGCAAUGGCCACUCUGUGUGGUACCGACCUCCCGGGGCCGUUCUCCUCCCUCGGUCCCAUGAUGCUCCACUUCUACUCGGACUCUGUGAUCAACGACAGCGGCUUCCUGGCUGAAUACGUAGCCAUACCCUGUGGCGGUUUCUUCAACGGCAGUGCCGGUUCUGUGAGCAGUCCAGCCCUCUCCAUCACCAAUUACCACCACAACAUGAACUGUACCUACCACAUCAGCGUCGAGGCAGACCGAGUGGUGGAUCUAAAGUUUAACACCUUCAGUUUGGAAGCUUCUUCUUCAUGUCACUACGAUUAUGUGGCUGUGUACGAUGGGCCUGACACCUUGGCGCCUUUGCUGGGAAGGUUCUGUGGUACGGUGCUGCCCCCUGACCUCCGCUCUUCUGCCAACCAUCUGUUCCUGGUCUUCAGGACAGACGCAACGGUGGGCGGCAUUGGAUGGAGAGCUACCUACAGUCAGACACUGGGUCCAGCUCAGGGUUGUGGGGGGUUCCUCACCACACCUAUGGGCAGGUUGGGUUCACCAGAUCCAAACCUGGAUGGACGCUAUGAGCCCAGGAUGAACUGUCUGUGGACCAUAGAGAUGCAGAUGAACAGCGCCAUCAACCUGACCUUCAGCUCCUUCGACCUGGAGAGCUCCUCUACAUGUCGCUAUGACUACGUCAAAAUUUACGAUGGAGACAACAUGAACUUCCCUCUGGUGGGGACCUACUGUGGAAACUCCAUCCCUGCCUACUUCGUGUCCAGUGGAAACUUUCUGACAGUUCAGUUUGUGUCCGACAGCUCAGUCCAAAAGCAAGGAUUCAACGCCACCUACAAGGCAGUACCACUGCUGUGUGGUGGGACUCUGAACGCUACCGUAGUACCACAAACCCUGACCUCGCCGUCCUUCCCCGGCGCCUACCCUUCAUUCACCUCCUGUCGCUGGAUCCUGGACGCUCCCCCUCAAGAAACCAUUAAAGUCUCUGUCCAGACAUUUGUCCUGGAUGCUAGCCAGAGCUGCUCAAGCAACUACCUGGAGCUGAAAGAUUGGCCUUUGGGAGACUACGGACAGUCCCAUAAGUUCUGCGCUUCAGACGGCCGUCCCCAGGACUUCUACAGCUACAGCAGGACGGUCCUGAUGUACUUCAAGUCCGAUACCUUCCUGCCAGGAAACGGACUCAGCUUCAGCUUCCAGAUAGCCAACUGCAGUCGAGUGUAUGAGCAGGAAUACGGCUACCUGAGCAGCCCGGGAUGGCCUGACAUCUACCCCCACAACAUGGACUGCAUCAUCAUCCUGAAGGCUCCGCAGAACAACUCCAUCUCUUUCUUCUUCAACGACUUUGAUGUGGAGAGCCACAACAGCUGUGAUUUUGACUAUUUGGAGAUCCGCAACGGAAGCACAGCAGACUCGCAGCUGAUUGGUCGCUUCUGUGGUCAGACACUGCCAAGCCCCAUCUUCCCUCAAACCAACCAGCUGUACUUACGAUUCAAAAGCGACUUUUCCGCCUCACGAGACGGCUUUGACGCCACCUGGACGUCUUCUCCCCACGGGUGUGGUGGUACCCUGUUUGGAGACCACGGCUCCUUCGCGAGCCCCAACUACCCAGGAAGCUACCCAAACAACACCUACUGUGAAUGGAGCAUCGUGGCGCCCAGAGGCCGAGUGGUGACCGUCACCUUCACCCAGAUCAGCAUCGACGACCCCGGAGACUGCCAAAACAACUUCCUGAAGUUAUUCGAUGGCCCAGACAGCUCCUCAGCAGCUGUUGGUCCUUACUGCGGAGUGGAAACCAACAUUGCUCCAUUCACAGCCUCAUCCAACCAGGUCUACGUUGUUUUCCAAGGCCAGGCGUCCAUCUUGCCUUCAGGCUUCAGGCUGACGUGGAGCAGCUGAAAGGAAGCUGUGAUCUGCACCACAUCUUAAUCACUGUUAAAGCAAAUGACUGAUGAAAGUGUUUAUAUGUAUGUAAUGAACCAUGAUAUAUUAAAAUGACAACCUUGUUCUUUGAUCUGGACUGUAGUUCUUUUGUUAUUAAAAUUAUUGCUGCUGGGCGUAUGUGAGAGCCACACCACAUGUUGGGCUGAUGUUUCUGGGAUCCAGCGAGUAGAAAAGGUCAGAGAGAAAUGGGAUCAUGAGAAAUGUGCCAGCAUAGAUUCAAGAGUAUGAAUACAAGAGUGUGUGGGUCUGCCAGGAU